UGACGCAACAAGGCCACGCGUGGCGCCGGCCGGCGUUUCCGCAAACAGAAUCGUGGAUGACUGUGUGGUGUUAAUUCAUGAGUUUCUGCUGUCAGUUCAAGUAACUAGAAAUGGAAAGUUCUGCAAAAGCAGACAAACAUGAAAAGAUGUCUUUUGACAAGGCAAAAGUGUCCACAGAUUCUGAAACAGCAUCCCCUCCCAGUGUCAAUGAGUCCAUUGCUGCAUCUGGGCCAAAGCUUUCUGAAAAGACUCCUACGUGCCAGCAGGCAGAUAAACCAAGUGCGAGGAAAGCGUUUGAAGAUGACCAUGCAGAGGAAAAUUCAAGUUACGUGGAGGAUUCUCCAGCCAAGAAAAGAAAACUUGAUGUUGAAAUCAUCUUAGAGGAAAAGUGCACUGGUGAUGAUGGAGGCAUUUCAAAGAAAAGGAAACUGGAGGGGGGUGAUGUUUCCGAAGAUGAGCCUUCCUCUAGAGAGGUCACCCAGAGAAAGAGAAAACUACAGUCUGAGGAUGCUCCAGAAAAGCGGAAAUUUCAGAAGCUGGAGGAAGGUCACAGCUCUGCCGUCGCUGCCCACUAUAACGAGCUUCAGGAAGUGGGGCUGGAGAAGCGCAGUCAGAGUCGCAUUUUUUACCUGAGAAACUUUAAUAAUUGGAUUAAAAGUAUUCUUAUUGGGGAAUUUUUAGAAAAGGUACGACAAAGAAAAAAUCGUGAUCUCACUGUUUUGGAUCUGGGAUGUGGAAAAGGUGGAGAUUUGCUCAAGUGGAGAAAGGGGAGAAUUAGCAGGCUGGUGUGUGCUGAUAUUGCUGAUGUUUCUAUGAAACAAUGUCAACAGCGUUAUGAAGACAUGAGAUGUCGUCGUGAUAAUGAGUAUAUUUUUAACGCAGAGUUUAUAACUGCUGACUGUUCAAAGGAACUUUUGGUUGAAAAAUUCCAUGAUUCAGAAAUGCGCUUUGACAUCUGCAGCUGUCAGUUUGCCUGUCAUUACGCCUUUGAGUCCUCAGAGCAGGCUGAUAUGAUGCUUCGAAAUGCUUGUGGAAGGCUUAACCCUGGGGGCUAUUUUAUCGGUACCACUCCCAAUAGCUUCGAACUGAUAAGACGCCUUGAGGCUUCAGAAACAGAAUCGUUUGGAAAUGAAAUAUACACUGUGAAAUUCCAGAAGAAAGGAAGUUAUCCUUUAUUUGGCUGCAAAUAUGACUUCAACUUGGAAGGUGUUGUGGAUGUCCCUGAAUUCUUGGUCUAUUUUCCAUUGCUAACUGAAAUGGCUAAGAAGUACAAUAUGAAGCUACUAUAUAAAAAAACAUUUCGGGAAUUCUAUGAAGAGAAGAUUAAGAACAAUGAAAACAAAAUGCUCUUAAAACGAAUGCAGGCCCUGGAGCCAUACCCUGCAAAUGAGAGCUCUAAACUUGUCUCUGAGAGGGUUGGUGACUAUGCGCAUGCAGCAGAGUACAUCAAGAACAGUCAAGUAAGGUCACCUCUGGGAACUUUAAGUAAGUCAGAAUGGGAAGCUACAAGUAUCUACUUGGUUUUUGCCUUUGAGAAACAGCAGUAAGCACUUAGUUGCCUCGAAGCAGCAUUCCAUCCUACAGAUGGAACAAACCAUCUCAGAUACAUGUGACAGCUGUUUGUUUAUUUGAAUAGUAAGUUCUAAAUGUGUAGGAUGCUGCCAAAAAGUCCAGUGUAUAAUUGACAUUUACUGUCUGUGACAGGUUAGCAGUGUGCAUGUGUGUGUGUGUAUACAUAAGAAUGCUUCAUCUUUAAGAUCUAUUUUUAAGUAAUAUUCUAAGAAUUGUUUCCCUCUACUGUCGAAAACUGUACCAGAGCACUUCCGAGCAGCUGACCCCUCCACAGUGCUGUGAUUUGCUGAGCGUGUUUACAGAGGUGAAUUUACAGCAGCGGUGGAGUUGGCCAAGGAGUGCUUGUUUGCCACAGUGCACUUGCAGUUUUGUUACAGUGUUUUUCCAGAUGUGUUCUAUACAUUUGAAUGUAAGUGUUCGCUAUAUAUUGCUAACGUUAUAAGAUUAAAAUUUGAUUUUUAGGUUGUCAUAAGAGCAACCUGGCUAGAUUUUGACUGUGUUUCAAUAAAAUAACUAUUUGCUAAUA